GUCCAUUUAUUGAUAUACGUGAUGUAUAACCACUGGGUCGAUUAUCUUAUAUGCCUGUAGAAGUUGAUAAAUUUUAAGUGAAGUUGAAUCAUUCUUAAAACUUAUCGCUUAUAGAGGUGCGGAUAUUUUGUCUUAAGCUUAGUCCUCAGUGAACAAUUGUUUUUAUAACUGUUCAAGACGUUUUUUGGCUUUCUAAAGUGUAUACUAUCUAUUAAUGCGAAUAUGUAAAUAAAUAGCAAAAAAAAUUUAAGAAACUAUUUGAAAAAUUAAACGAUAUUUAAAAAAAAGCGGUGAAAACAAUUUGAAAUUUCGAAAUUUCUGAAUAAUUCAUUUUACUACAGCAGACAAAUAUGGCUACACCAAAGAAAUUUAAUUCAUUGAAUGUGAGAAACGAUCUUAAAGAAUCUUAUGAUACUUCUUUAAAUAUUCAUAAUUAUGAAUUUGAAUGGACAAUCUCUGAAUUUGAAUUUGUUUGUAGAAAUGUAAAAGUAAUUAGAUCUGAGGUAUUUUCAACAAAGAAUUUUAAAGAUGGCAAGUGGAUAAUUAGUCUGGAACCUACAGAAUUAAAACCAAACAACAAGAAUUUCUUUAAAAUUCAUUUGUUCUUUUACGAUGCUAAUUUCAAAAUAGACAACAAAUUAUUAAAUGUUCAAAUCUCAUUUCAAAGAAAAGUUGAUCACAACACUUUCGUGUCUGUUAAAUCAUUUGACACUGAAAAUGCAGACCGAGGUGGAAAUACAAUUUCAUGGAAAACAAGUGGAUCAGAUUUGCAUCAGGCCUUUAUCAACAGUGUGCCAAUGAAUUAUAAAACUUCUUUACAUUAUUUGGAAACUAUUCCAGAGAAUGUUCUAAUUAAAUGCAAGAUUAUUGUCGUUGCUCCUGGUACGACAAUAAGAUACAGAUCGCUUAUUGACAUUGAAAAAUGUAAUGAACUAAUAGCAAAUAUUAAAAGUUUGCUUCAUGAUGAAGAUCUUAAAGAUGUUGUCUUCAAAAUAGAGGAUGAAGAAUUCACAGCUCACAAAAUUAUUCUCGCAAGUCGAAGUUCUGUAUUCGCUGCAAUGUUCAAGAACAAAAUGACUGAGGAACUAACAUCCAUUGUUGAAAUAGAUGACAUAAGAUCAUCAAUCUUUCAACAAAUGCUGAAUUUUAUUUAUACGGAUCAAGUGGAGAAUCUAGAAGAAUCAGCAUUAGAAUUAAUAGACGUUGCAGAAAAAUAUCAACUAGAAAAUCUUAAGUCUAUGUGCAUCAACAGUCUACAUGACAAUCUGUCUUUAACCACAGUUAGUAAGACUUUGGAGGUUGCCGAUUUGUAUUCAAUUGAAAACCUAAAGAAUGAAUGCUUUUAUUUGAUAUCUGAGAGAAAGUAUGACAUUAUUGAGACAAAGGAGUUUCAGGAAUUAAUGUUAAGUCGUCCAAGUUUAUGGAUAGAAAUUUUAAACAUGAAAGAAACAGAAAAUAGCCAUAGUUUUAGAUAUAAAAGUUACGAAUUAAGAUAAAUCUAUAUAAUAUUACGAAACACUUUUCUUAAAUAACUUUAUGUUAAAAUAAUAAUAGUGUGAUCGACAUUUGUCUUUUAUACAAUAAAAGUCUUCGUAUAAUUAUAAAUGUAAUAAAAAUUAUUAUUUUUUACUGCUUGUUAAU